AUUUAUUUUUUGUUAUCUAGGCAUGUAUUUAGAAAAUGUUUUGGCAGUUGCUGAACGUGAAUUGAGAAGGGAAGUUGAUUACAUUAAUGAAGCUCAGUCUGGGAAAACUUUUAAAAAAUUGUUAGAAUCCUAUGAAGAAUUCUUAGUUCCAGAAGUUUACGAAGAUUUAUGCACUACAAAUGUGCUUACUACAGAAUUGGUUUAUGGAACUCCAGUAGACAAACUUCAAAAUGCUGAUCAAGCUUUGAGAAACAAGGUUUGUGAAAAUCUUUUGAAUCUGUGUUUGAGGGAAAUUUUUUUAUUCAGAUUUAUGCAAACUGAUCCCAACUGGUCAAAUUUCUUAUACAACUUUGAUACAAAUCAAAUAGUCUUGCUGGAUUUUGGUGCUUGUAAUGAGUAUACACCAGAAUUUGUUGAUAUAUACAUGAGCAUAAUCAAAGGUGCUGCAGAUCAGGACAGAGAAAGUGUUUUACACUUUUCAAGAGAUCUGGGAUUUCUAACGGGUUAUGAAACAAAGAUUAUGGAAGAGGCACAUGUUGAUGCAGUCAUGAUUCUUGGAGAAGCAUUUGCUUGUAAAAAGGAAUUUGAUUUUAGCCAACAGAACAUGACACAGAGGAUUCAUCAUUUAGUACCCAUUAUGUUAAAACACAGAGUAACUCCUCCACCAGAAGAAACAUAUUCUCUGCAUCGGAAGAUGUCAGGUAUAUUUUUACUCUGUACAAAACUUGGAUCAAAAAUUAACUGCAGUAAAUUGUUUGAUGAUGUUUAUGCUACCUAUACAGAAAGAAAAUUAAGUGUUAAUCUUUGAAUGUUAGUUACAUGUACAGUUGUUGUUUAUUAAAAAUUUGCUUGUGAAAUAAGAUAUAUUAAUAUUAAUUAGAGCGUCUGUUUCUUAGUACAAAGCAAUAAAAUUCAUUGAAAAUAGUA